UGCUAGUAUUUGCAUCAACUACCCAAAAUCCAUUAAUUCUUUCUCCCCCUUUAUUAACUCCUCUUCCUCUCUCUCGUCUGUUUACCGUUAAUUUCAUUCUCCCAAUAAUCAAAUCUCCCAUUUCUCCUUUUCCUUUAAAUUUUCCUGCAAAAAUUCCGCCAUUAAAGCUCUAAAAUGAAGAAACAAAGAACAUCAAUGGAGAAAAUCUCAUCCUCUUCUACAUCUACAAAUUUCUUCGAUCUUCUCAGCGAAGAAAUUGUUUUUGUUAUUCUUGAUUAUCUCUCUGAUAACAAUCCACAAGAUAAGAAAUCAUUUUCUUUAGUAUGUAAAUCGUUUUACUCUAUUGAGGCCAAGCAUCGGAGGACGCUGAAACCUCUUCGUUCUGAAUAUCUACCUUCAAUUCUUAACCGCUAUCCUCAAGUUUUAGCUCUAGAUUUAACACUUUGCCCUAGAAUAACUGAUUUUUCGCUUUCUGUUAUCGCGUCUACUUGCACGAAGACGCUGCGUUUUAUUGAUUUAUCUAGGUCGAAGUUCUUUACUGGUGAUGGAUUGACGGUUUUGGUGGCGAAUUGUGUGAAUUUGAUGGGGUUGGAUUUGUCGAAUUCGACGGAUUUGAGAGAUUCGGCUGUCGCUGCAAUUGGAGAAGCGAAGAAGUUGGAGAAAUUGUGGUUAGGAAGGUGUAAAUUGGUUACUGAUAUUGGAAUUGGGUGUAUUGCUGUUGGUUGCCCUAAAUUGAAGAUGAUUAGCUUGAAAUGGUGUUUAGGGAUUGGUGAUUUGGGGGUUGAAUUGAUAGCUGUUAAGUGUAAAGAGCUUUGUAGCUUGGAUCUUUCUUAUUUGCCGAUUACAAGUAAAUGCUUACCAGCAAUAUUAAAACUACAGUAUCUUGAAGAGUUGUUUCUAGAAGGGUGCUUUGGGAUUGACGAUAAUAGUCUCACAGCUCUGAAACAGGGCUCCAAAUCGCUUAAGACUCUUGACAUGUCAAGCUGCGAAAAUGUGAGUGACGCUGGCUUAUCUUCAUUAACAAGUGGCACUGGCUGUCUACAGCAAUUAACAUUAGCAUAUGGAUCUCCAGUUACUCUUGACCUUGCGCGUAGUUUGCAGAGGCUAUCUAAACUCCAAUCAAUUAAAUUAGAUGGCUGCCUAGUUACUUGUUCUGGUCUCCAAGCCAUUGGGAAUUACUGCGCAUCAUUACGGGAGCUGAGUCUGAGUAAGUGCUCUGGUGUGACUGAUGAAGGCUUGUCCUCCUUAGUGAAGAAACAAAAGGAGCUACGGAAGUUAGACAUUACAUGUUGUCGGAAGCUAACUUGUGUAUCUAUUGCACAUAUUGCCUACUCUUGCACCUCCCUCAUUUCUCUGAAGAUGGAAUCAUGUACUCUGGUUCCUAGAGAAGCCUUUGUUCUGAUUGGUCGAAAGUGCCAUCUACUGGAGGAGCUUGACCUAACCGAUAAUGAGAUAGACGAUGAAGGUCUAAAAUCCAUCUCCAAGUGCUCUAGACUGUCAAUUCUUAAACUUGGUAUCUGCUUGAACAUAACAGACGAGGGCCUGCGUCAUAUAGGCAACCGCUGUUCCAAGCUCGUGGAGCUUGAUUUAUACAGGUCCAUGGAGAUUACAGAUUCAGGCAUCAUGGCCAUUGCUCAUGGUUGUCCUGACCUAGAAAUGAUCAACAUGUCAUAUUGCAAAUCCGUUACAGAUGCCUCUUUGAUAUCAAUGUCAAAAUGUACCAAAUUGAAUACAUUGGAAUGCCGAGGAUGUUCUCUAAUAACGUCUUUGGGCAUAGCUGCAAUUGCUGUAGGUUGCAAGCACCUCACGAGGUUGGAUAUAAAGAAAUGUAUCAACAUCAACGAUUUUGGAGUUCUUCCACUUGCUCACUUUUCUCAGAAUCUUAAAGAGAUAAAUUUGUCAUGUACUUCGAUCACGGAUGUGGGCCUAUUGUCCCUCGCUAGUAUCAGCUGUUUACAAAGCAUGAACAUUUUGCAUUUGAAAGGCUUGAGCCCAAGAGGUCUAGCAGCAGCCCUACUGGCUUGUGGAGGAUUGACAAAAGUCAAACUUCAUUCAUCUUUCAAAUCUUUGCUUCCACAGCCUCUCUUUGAACAUCUAGAAGCACGUGGUUGUGUAUUCCAUUGGAGAGAGAAAUUAUUUCAGGAUGAGUUAGAAGACUCCAAGUCUUGGAAGCAGCAACUAGCAGAAAUGGACAAUGAUUUCUGAAGACUUCUCAGUUUUGAAUAUGUCGAUCCUGAAUUUGAAUGCGAGAAAGUGCAAUAUCUUCUACAAUUUUACCGUCCUUGGUUCUAGAGUGGUUCUCAAUGAUGCCAUUAUCUAAUAAUGGUGGAGGUUUAUGCCUGUCUCUGAGCUAAGGUCCAAUGAGGCGUGUGAGUUGGAUCUGGAGGGGCUUUCAAUGAUGCUAUUAUCUAAUAAUGGCAGAGAUUUACGCCUGUAUGUGAGCUAGGGCUAGUGAGGCGCACGUGUUGGCUCUCGAGUGGCUCUCAAUGAUCCUAUUAUCUAAUAAAGGCGGAGGUUUACGCCUGUAUAUGAGCUAGGGCAAAUGAAGUGCCCGCAUCACGCCCAAGACACGAAAAUAGGGGCCAGACAUGCCGAUUUCUGUAUCCUAAAACUGUUAAUAGUUAAUAGUGUGCUGACGAACAAUAUGAGUUUUAAAAGUUCGGCUUAAUGUUGUAAUAAUAUCUAUACUAGAAAAGGCCUAGAGCUUGGUUUUGUUUGUUUGCAAUCGUAUAUUUCUGUAUAUCAUAGUGUGCCACUAUUUAUGCCA